CACUGGAGUUGAGCUCCAGCAACUACAGAAAGAGGGAGGAGAAGGAGCAUUUGGAUUCCUAGUUGGUCCGAGUUCCUUUCCCUUUCCCCCUCCCCCUGGCGUUUGGGGAGGCUUUGCCCGCCUUGGGACAGAGUCAAACUCCAAAGACAUCCUGGAUUUGGGCUCCUUUUGGAGCGCCACUUCUUGGAGUCCUCCGUGCGUAAAAAUACGGAGGCGCGGAGAGGGAGAAAGAAAGAGAAAGGGAGGGCGAGAGAGAGAAGUGCUCCCCCAAGGCAAGUCCCUGCCGCCUCCUGCCCUUCAGUGGCUGCUCCGCAUUCUUGGCAUUCCUGGGCUGUGACUCCGGCAGGCGGGAGGGCUUUUGCUCCUCCAGGCAGCAGCUCCACGCAGGACCAGGGCCGAGGAAGACCCACGCGGGAGGGAGGACCCACACGCUCUGGACGUUUGGCUUUUUUAAUCUAGGCACCAAUCCCCUCCUCCCCGCCUUGCUUUCUCCUCCCUCCAGGCUCCCGAACUUCUUCCCUCCCUCCUUCCUCCUCCCCGCUUCAGCUGCCACCUCCAGCACCCUCCCUUCCUGAAGCUGAAACUUCCUUCAAACUUUCCUUUGGAGAGCGUUGGGUGUCGCUCCUUCGGGAGUGGGGAAAGAAAGAAAGAAGAGCCCCUCUUUUUCCGCUGCUAACUCCUUAGCCCCCAAUAUCUCCCAGUCCCCACCGCCCUCUUCCUUCCCCCAUUUUUUCCCCUAAUUUUGCCAAAUUCUCUCUGUUCAAACUUGCCCUCCCCUUGUUUGGAUUCCUUGGCUAAAGUGGAAGCCGCUUUCAUCCAUCACCGGUACAUCUUGCGGAUUUUUUUAAAAAAAAUAAAGGCCUAGAGGAAGCAAAGAAGGAGAUCUCAGAGAACUAUCCCUUUGGGAGACGCAGCUGCUUCAAGUCUAAGGAGUCCCAAACUCAUGUGAAAAUAGGGACUGCUUUUGGGAUCUGAAUUUGGCAUGGGCUACCUUUCCCAAAUUUGGAGGAGGAGGAGAGUGGCCACUAGAGGAGCAGCACUCCAAGCUCCCUUGGUGAGAAGAUCUCAAGUGUGAAAAGGAGAGGGACAGUUUUCUUCUUGCAGUCAUGCCUUUUGGGCUGAAAUUGCGAAGGACCAGGCGCUACAAUGUCCGGAGCAAGAACUGUUUCAUGACGCGGAUUCGCUUAUUGGACAACAACGUGAUUGAGUGUACGUUCUCAGUGGAGAGCACCGGGCAAGAAUGCUUGGAGGCCGUGGCUCAGAGGUUGGAAUUGCGAGAGACACAUUAUUUUGGCCUUUGGUUUCACAGCAAGAACCAGCAAGUGCGAUGGGUGGAACUGGAGAAACCACUCAAAAAGCAACUGGACAAGUUUGCCAGUGAGCCUCUACUUUUCUUUGGGGUCAUGUUCUAUGUGCCAAGUGUGACCCGUCUGCAGCAAGAAGUCACAAGGUAUCAGUAUUACCUGCAGGUGAAAAAGGAUGUUCUUGAUGGACGAUUGCGAUCUUCAUUUGAGCAAGGGAUAAGGUUGGCUGCACUAGCAGUUCAAGCUGAUUUUGGGGACUACGGUCAAUUUAAAUCUCACGACUUCCUCCGGGAAUAUGUUUUGUUUCCUAUGGAUUUGACCCAAGACGAAGCUGUCCUCGAGGAACUGACACAGAAAGUAGCGCAGGAGCACAAAAACAAUUGUGGAAUCUCUGCAGCAAAAGCGGAACUUCAGUACAUAAGUGAAGUGGAACGACUAGAUGGGUUUGGGCAGGAAAGUUUCCCUGUGAAGGACAAUCAAGGAAAUGACAUACAUCUUGGAAUCUUCUGUAUGGGGAUUUUUGUGAAAAAUCGAAUGGGAAGGACCACGGUGAUUUACAGGUGGAAUGAUAUUGGCAAUAUAACGCACAACAAGUCUUCGAUCACUGUGGAACUGCUCAACAAGGAAGAAACAGUGUUUUUUCACACGGAUGACAUUGAAAAUGCCAAGUAUAUUUCACGGCUAUUUGCGGCAAAACACAAGUUUUACAAGCAAAACAAAAUCUGCACAGAACAAUCAAAUUCUCCUCCUCCUAUCAGACGGCGACCCACCUGGAGCAAAUCGUCUUUGCCAAGGCAGCAGCCAUUUAUUAUGCCUCCUAUCCACAUUCAGUGUGGAGAACAUUACACUGAAACUCACAAUUCACAAGACAGCAUUUAUCAUGGAAAUGACGAAAUGUUUUACUGUCGAUCUCAGACUAGUUUGGACAGGUGUGCAAUGGACUACAGCUACUUGAAUGGCAAUGUGCCAAAUGGCAGCGUGUGCAGUGCUCAGAGUAUGAACUCUCUCAAUCACUCGCAAAACUUUAUCCAAGCUUCUCCAAUGUCCUCCAACCUUAGCAUCCCUGGAAGUGACAUUAUGAGAGCAGACUACAUUCCAAGCCAUAGACAUAGUGCAAUCAUCGUCCCUUCCUAUAGGCCAACACCAGACUAUGAAACUGUAAUGAGGCAAAUGAAGAGAGGGGUUAUUCACACGGACAGCCAAAGCCAGUCUUUAAGAAAUCUUAAUAUUGGCAACACUCAUGCUUACAACCAACCCAAAGACCUUGUAUACAGCCAGCCAGAGAUUCGGGAGCGAGCUCCUUAUGCUAUUCCUUACGGGCCUCAAGGCACUUACAAAACACACAUUUCUCCAUCUGAAGUAAAUCCCAUCACUGCAGCACAGACAAAAACAGCAGCUACUGCUAUUUCCCACACGAUGAGCACACCAGAGCUAGCCAACAUGCAACUCCCCAACAAUCAGAGAUGUGGUACAAUGCAUAUUCUAAAGAACUAUCUUUUCAGGCCGCCACCUCCCUAUCCACGUCCUCGCCCUGCUACCAGCACACCUGACUUAGCAAGUCACCGUCACAAGUAUGUUAGUGGUAGCAGCCCAGACCUGGUCACUCGGAAGGUCCAGCUCUCGGUGAAGACCUUUCAAGAGGAUAGUUCACCAGUUGUGCACCAAUCUCUCCAGGAAGUUAGUGAGCCUCUCAUGGCGACCAAGCAUCAUACAGGUGUCAACAAGCGCCAUAGUUUGGAGUUGAUAAGCAACAUGGUCCGUGAUAUGGAAGCCAUGGCUUUAAAGAGUCUAAAUGCACCCUUACCACGCAGGAAUACCUUGCGUGAGCAGGUGCAACCAGAGGAAGUAGUGCAACGGGGUCACAAGGUCCAGCAGCUUCCCCAAUAUCAUCACAAAAAGACCUUCUCAGAUGCCACCAUGCUGAUCCAUAGCAGUGAGAGUGAAGAGGAAGAAGAAGCUGCAGAAUCUGUGCCUCCUAUGGUUGCACUUCAUGAAAACAUGGAAUAUAGUGCUCAGCUCCAAGCUGCCUUGACUAGAAUAUUACAUAAACCUCCUCCUGAAUAUCCAGGACCAAGGAAGAGCGUGAGCAAUGGAGCUCUGCGGAAUGACCAGGUGAACGUUCCGCUGGCUGUGUCUCGAGCCAGGCCUAUGAGGCCAGGGCCUGCAAGGGCCAUUACCAUAUCUCGGACUGAUCAAAAUGUGGUCAAUGGGUCUUCACUUGGCCCAUCAAUCUCUGAGCCAGACCUCACAAGUGUGAAGGAAAGAGUCAAGAAAGAGCCAGUGAAGGAAAGACCUGUAUCCGAAAUGUUUUCUAUUGAGGACAGUAUCAUAGAAAGAGAGAUGAAGUAUCUAGAGAAACAGAAGAUGGCAGGCCUGGAGGCCCAGAAGAGGCCCUUGAUGUUGGCAGCGCUCAAUGGUCUCUCAGUUGCUCGAGUUCCAGUGCCUGAGGAUAGCCAGGAUGAAGGAGCCAAGGUGCCAAUGGAUGAGCGGUGCAGACUUCUGAGAAGAAAACUGGAAGAUGGGAUGGUAUUCACUGAAUAUGAGCAGAUUCCAAAGAAGAAAGUGGAUGGGAUAUUUACUACAGCAGUUCUCCCUGAGAACAUAGAGCGUAACCGUGUCAGAGAAGUAGUUCCAUAUGAGGAGAACCGAGUGGAGCUGGUGCCAACCAAAGAAAACAACACAGGCUACAUCAAUGCCUCACAUAUAAAGGUUACAGUAGGUGGGGAGGAAUGGCACUACAUUGCUACGCAGGGACCUUUGCCACAAACAUGCCAUGACUUUUGGCAAAUGGUGUGGGAAGAAGGGGUGAAUGUGAUAGCCAUGGUAACAGCAGAAGAGGAAAGAGGAAGAACCAAGAGCCAUCGCUACUGGCCCAAACUUGGCUCCAAGCACAGCUCAGCCACUUACGGAAAAUUUAAAGUGACCACCAAAUUCCGCACUGAUUCUGGCUGCUAUGCCACCACGGGUCUGAAGGUGAAGCACCUCUUGUUAGGACAAGAGAAGACGGUGUGGCAUUUGCAGUAUACUGACUGGCCGGAUCAUGGAUGUCCAGAAGAACAAGGAUUUCUGUCCUAUUUGGAAGAGAUCCAGUCGGUGCGGCGCCAUACCAACAGCGUUUUGGACAGCAGUAACAACUGCAACCCCCCAAUUGUGGUGCAUUGCAGUGCAGGUGUGGGAAGGACAGGUGUGGUUAUUUUGACAGAACUCAUGAUUGGCUGCCUGGAGCACAAUGAAAAAGUCGAUGUUCCAGUGAUGCUGCAAUAUCUCAGAGAGCAGAGGAUGUUCAUGAUUCAGACUAUCGCUCAAUACAAAUUUGUCUAUCAGGUUCUCAUCCUGUUCCUUCAAAAUUCCAGACUCAUAUGACAACCUCUGAAGAGGUCCUUCAGUCACAGUUAGACAGUCUUUUGAUUCUGUCUUUGUUUAUACAAUGUAUGUUGUUGGGUUUUUUUUACAGUAUUUUAUGGCACAUUGUCAAUGUUGCCUCAACAGUAAGGAGACUUUCUUGGACCUACAGAUUCUUUUAUACAAAAUAAUUUAUUGUUAUUAUUUUCCUGCAAAAUGAUGUGUGAAUUUCCUUAAUUUGUGAAACAUGUAAUGAUUUUUAUUGACACAUCUUCACUGCAACCUGCCCUUGAGAGUAGGAGAUCUUCCCAUCCACAGAGGUUCUCUUGUCCUUUGCAUUGCUGUAUGACAUGUAAGGCUGUUUGGGGAAAUAAUGUUUUGCAACCACUUUUUCAGUGCUGACACGAUAAAGACUCUUGUGGAAAAGGUUUCUGUCCAAGUUUUAAAAAUUAAAGCAUUUCUAUAAUAUUAUUAAGACAAAGCAAAUGGCUGUCCUAAGUCAGUGUUCUCCAGCUUGAUGCUGUCCAGAUGUGUUAAAUUGCAGCUCCCAUCUUCCCCAGUCAGUCUGGGUGCUUCAGGUUGUGGAAGGAUGCUGUACAGGAUGCAUAUGUUAGAUAACACAAAGAGAAAAUACUUUUGAUAUACUGUUCAGAUCCCACAGUUGGGCAAGAAUUAAUAUAAUGCCAUGGUUGUGGGUAGAAUGCACGUGUGUGUGUAUGUGUGUGACACACACACACAAAACUAAUUUUCUGUAUGAGCUUCACUUCUAAAUACUUUGCUAGAAAAAUAAAAAAAAUCUCUUCUCCCACAUGUGAGCCUGAACCUUGACUCUGGAAAUGCUUUUAUGUGACUCUGGAAAUUCAUGGUAUCUAAUCUGAAAUACCUUGAACUAAGGGAGGCUCCCAAGCCAAGCCAUUUUUUGAUUAUGUGUUUCAUAGGAGAGAAGGUAUUACAAUGCUUUCUGUGGCAAUCCAUUAAUAUGAAUGAAAACAGCAACUUCCACUAAUUUCAUUCAUGUUUGAACAGCAGAGUUCUUAUCCAUCAAAACAAAGCAGUUUGGGCCUUACGUAUUUCAAAGAUGUGUUUUUCUCUGCCAUCUAGCCUGAUAGUUAAAAUUUGUUUUUAUCAUAUAUGCCUAUUAGUAAUAAUGAUGAUGAUGAUGAUGAUGAUGAUGAUGAUGAUGAUGAUAAUAAUAAUAAUAAUAAUAAUAAUAAUGCUUUAUUUAUUACUCACCCAUCUCUCUGGGGGGGACUCAGAUCAGUGUUUCUAUACAUUAAAAUAAUAAUAAUGAUAAUAAUAAUAAUAAUUAUUAUUAUUAUUUUUGUUACCCACCUCUCCUUAUGCCUCAAUACAGUACCAUAAAAUACAUAUAUUAAAAUACAUAGUGCAAAGAUUUAAACACUAUACUAAUAGAAUAUACAUUUGAAAUUAAUAGUUUAAAAUGGACUAGGUAGGUUUACCAGAAGAGAUGGGUCCUUAAUUGUGUUUUAAAUUCUGUCAGCUCAUUUAGCUGUUGGAGCUCCUCUGGCAGGUCAUUCCACAGUCCAGAGGCAGCCCAUGAAAAGGUCCUCUGCGUGACAAUUGCCAAUCAGAUUCUGGCUGGUUGAAGUAAAUGUCCUCCAGCUAAAGCUGAUUAAAUGGGAGAAGGCAAUCCUAUAGGUAAUUGGGACCCAGACCAUGUAGGGCUUUAAAGGUCAUAACCAACACCAUCUAUUCCAGUUUUAUCUGUUCUGACUGGCUAUGCCUCAGUGAGAUCCUUUUAACUUGAAAUCUUGAUGACUGGCCAUGACAACCACACACUUUUCAAAUGAGUUAUCCUAUCCACAACUCCUCUUGUUCAUGUCGAUCUGUUGUUGCAAAUUGUAACUAGAUAGUAAUGUAAGUAAGGAUAGGACUAAUCCAGAAGGGCUCUUACUGUGUACCUUCAAACAUACUCAGUUUUAGAUCUGUAUACACACAUGUACAUAAAAUAAAUCUGCUACUAGUUUAACCGGUGGACGCCUUUUAAUCCUAAUAGAGUUUAAAGACUGCAGUCCUUUGGAAAUGUCCUUGGAUAUCAUAUCCAAAAGGAUGUAAUCAUCAGCACUGAACAGAAUGAGACUUACUUCUGAGUAAACUUGCAUACAAUUUUCUUCAAUUACUGUAGCUGAUGAAUCAGUUGAAAUUUCUACACAUAAUAAAAUGCAAACAGAUUUUCCAUGGGAAAUAGAGAACUCAAACCACCCCGAAUGACUGGGGAAAGAAAAUACAUUGAAAUAUCUCUUGUUGAUGCUCCUUUAGAGAUGCUGUUACUGUUUUAGUGAACUCCGGUUUUCAGUCCAGCGUCUCCUUGUUGAUGCCAACAUAUCUCUUGUUAAAUUAGCUGCAACCAUUUAAAGUCUUUUAGUGGCAUCUGCGUGAUAAUUGCACAGAGACGCUUUGUAUCUGGGAAGCCAGCCAAGGAAUAAACCUUGAAGCAAAGUGUAUUAAAUUAGUGAUCUCAUUAUAGCUUUUUGAAUAAUUUCCUAAUGAUGAAUUAAGUUUGAACCCAGAACUGUCAAGUCCCAUUGCUCCAUUUGGCCUGACAGGUAGAGAUUAAGAUAGGGGAAAUAAUCGGCUCCAAGGUCUCAAUACUAUGAGAUCUGGAUUGCAAUGGGUCUAUUCUUGGCUUUUCUGUAAGUGCACAAACAAAAAGAACUUAUUUAAUAAGCAGGAAUAAUGGAGGCUUAAAGGGAAAAGUCGGCAAGGUAUUGCCAAGGCUAUUUGUCACUGUGUUUGCUCAUCUUGCACAAAGAAUUUUAGGGGAGCUUUCUGCAACGAAGAACAAUGCCUACGAGCAAGCCAAAUUGUUAACAGCAUAAUCAGGAACCAUUUUCAUGCUAUUCCUAAAAUGGCUGAUGGUGCUGAAAGGGACUUACUUAUUUUCUUUUAAUUAUUGUUAAAAUGCAUGUACCAUUCACUGCAAUUUUCACAGAUUUAAUCUUGAUGAGCUUUGUGUAACAUCUUACUCCAAAUGAGAGAUCUUUAUGUAUCUUCAAUGAUUCCUCAUUGGCCUUAUUUGCAAUGGUGAUUUCAAGAUUUAUUUGAUUUAAGAAGGGCAUAGUAGGCUGUUUAAUUAAUGGCAAAAUUUUACCAAGCCAGAGUACCUUUUCAGCAUGCAUCCAAGGGUGGGAAAGAGAGAUUCUGAUAUUUCAUGAGUCCCAGAGGAAAUCGCAAACAUGAAUGUAAGGCACCACACCUUGGUGGGUAGAACACAUGGCUUUUCAUUCAGGUUUAAUCCCUAGAUGCAGCUUUUGUUGAUGUUGUUUGCCUUCUGAUGGAUGGUGAACUUGUGGUUUUCUUGGCAAGAUUUGUUCAGAAGAGGUUUGCAAUUGCCCUCCUCUGAGGCCGAGAGAGAGUACAAGUUGCCUGUUGCUGUUUAAGUGAAUAGCUCCGUGUCUUUAUAACAGUCUGGUUAGAUUACUCUGGAACAAUACAUGGUCCAGGUUGUGGGGUGACGACAGAGAACACUUGAUGCUAAUUUUGAAACAAUGUAACAAUACUAUUGGUUUCUACUUGAUUUCUUGACCAAGUUCAAGCUGCUGGUGAUAAUUUUUAAAGCCUGGUUUUAAGUGGCUGAUGAUCACUGGUGACUAGUGUUGGUUGAUCAAGACAGUUCUUAAUGAACUCUAAUAUUUUGACAGAUUUUUCUCCAAGUGGAAAGUGUACAGCUCAGAAUGAGUUACAGUACGACCACUGUAUUUGGUGGAGAUAUGUUCCUGGACUUCAUAUGGAUAUGUGAAAUUGAAAAUAAUAGCAAAUCCUAUUAUUUUCAGUGGGACAAAUGAUUUGAGGUACUGAGAAAAGACUGUAGCUUGUACAAUAGGCUUUGAAGGAAUAAGGAACUGAAGGAAAGCAGUAAAUAUCAGAAACAGCCACUAAGUGAUGUUUAGAGAACUUUUACUGUUACAAUUUUUUUUGGAACCCUAACAUUGAGCUAAGAUGACUCUACUUGGGGUCGGAACCCACAGUUUAAGAAGCCCUGAUCUACACCUUACAUUAUACAUACAAAAUAACUGGAGAAUGUCAAAAAUGAAAGUCAUGCAGUAUUUAAUAAUGUCAGAAGUCAAUAAUCUUAAAAUCUUGCUGCUGCGCCAUAAAAUAUAGAAUUUAAGAUACCUUUAGAAGAAUUCAGCUCACUAUUGGAUAGCAAGCAUCAUGGCUCUAUAUUUAAAAAUGAUUUUACAUAUUGCUGGAAUCGUGAGCAGUGCCUAGUUGGGUGAGGAAAAGUGUGACUGUCAGUUCCUUUGUUAGAAUUUAAAAAAAAUAAUGAUUUAGGACCAUAUGAUUAACAGUACCGGAAGUUGCAUGUUUCAACCCAAGCUUGUAAAAAUGUACAUGUGCGAUCGAUGCAACUAAUUUGCAAGGCUAGUGAUGAUUUUUUUCAGAAACCUGAUAUUUUAAAAGAAAUCCCAAGAAUGUAUCAUGAUAAUCUUCCUUUUUAAGCAUUACUAAUCAUCUGAUUGUGCCUUCAAUUGUAAUUUCUUUGCUAUUCAUUUUAAUUGCUAUUUAAAUCACCAUUAGUAGCUAUGAGUAGUUAGGGAAAUGGUAAAUUCAUCUACCUUGUGAUUUUGUACAUACCUUCUGAUGUUAAAUCCCAUUAAAUAUUAGUGAGGCUUACCCUAUGUAAGCAAGAAUGGGACUGCAGCCAAAAAUAAUUCACUCUUCCCAGAAGGAAAGUCGCUUGUCACAUUAUCAUCAUCUUCCCAUGGGUUAUAGCCUGUAUGUCAAGCAACAGAUGAUAUUCCUCUGGCAUAACAAAAAGCUUUAUCCUGUAGUCUAAAAACAAGGCUAGUGCAGUUUAAUUGACUUUCCUGUGUAAUUUGGGAAUAACUGGCCACCUUUUUUCUGAAGGUACAAAGAAAAUUCCUGGGUUGUUUCAAAUCAUUAUAUACUUCUACGGAUUCAUCAAAGGCAACCACAGAAUUACCAUAAAUUCCUGGGUCAUUUCAGUGUAUUGAAAAUUCCUGUGUAGUUUCUGCUUUGGAUGAAAUUGUAUUCCCUACUAUAGUCAUUCUACAAAGCCAUGUAAAACAGCAAAAUAGUACACCAUCUCGAGGCCAAACAAUCCCAAAAUGCUUUGCUGUUAGAAUCAUAGAUGGAAUUGCUGCUACUCAGAAAUAUAUUUGCCUGAAUCUUGUUAAUCCCAACUACAGUAGACCUAUAGAAUCAGUGGGAGUUAUCUGUGUUCUGAUUUAUCAUUUAUCAUUUAAUAAUUUAUUCUUUGGAUUUGCUCUAAUAGGAGUAGGGCAAGAGAGAAAUAAUGUCAAGAAAUUAAUUCAUUGCUACCGCCUUAAAAAUGUUUUCUUCUUCCUUCUGCUUCUAGCCAGUUUUUCCAAAGACAUUGCUUUAGAAUAAAAAUGCAUGGUAGAGGCAUUAGGACUGAUGAGAUCAGCUCUGAUGGGAAGGUUGCAGUGUAGAUGAUUCUGAACAGCACCUGUAUAAUUAAAGCUGUAGUGUGCUAUAGAAAUUUACAUGCUAAAAUGGCAAUCUUAUAGCCAGUUUCCUCAUUGUAAGCAUCACGGAAAUCAGUUCUCUUCUGUGUAUAGGAUUCCACUGUAAGACUGUGUUAUUAUACACUUAACAAAGAAAUAAUUUCCAUUGAACUUUGUGUGGCUUACUUCUGAGUAGACAUGUAUAAGAUUAUUACACUGUAGAUCAGUUUUGUAUCACUGGAUUGUUGAUAUCUUGGUUUUACUACAGUUUUUAUGCACCAGCUGGAAUUUAGUUAACUUGAGUCCAAAGUCAUUAUGGAAGAGACAUAAGUACUUCUGUAUGUAUACAUUUUGUAAACAAUUGAAUUCAGUUGUUAUUAUCUUCAUAAAUUGAUUAUGACUGCCAUUAAUCUUUUUUAUACCACUGAAAGCCUAAAAAUCUAUGCAUGCAAUUUUGUACGCUAAUGUAUAUUCCUAAUGUAUAUUCCUAUCAGUACAUAAGCUUGUGCUUGUCGGUUUUGUUUUGUAUAGAACCGAUUGACUUUUGACAGUAUUUUUGCACUUUUUCUCUUUCCCUGUUUUUAUAAUGUUUUCUUCAUCAAUAAUAAUUGGAAUAUUUUUUUACACCUUACACUGCCUUUGUGUAAAUAUCUGUCUUUUGCAAUGUAAGAAUGUUUUGACUCAAGCUUUUUGUAAGCGGCUAUGCUUAACCAUAUUAUGCAAUAAAACCUUUUUCCUGAAAA